UCUCCCUCCAUCCUCUCCAUCACCCCCUCUGCAGGCUCCGAUCCUGGCCCGGGCACCCCGGCUGCUCUGCGGGGGACCCGAGCGCACAAAGCCACAGAGGUCGGCGGCAGAGCCUCCCAGCGCCAGGCUCCCAGUGCCAGGCUCCCAGCUGCCCGGACUGCGGGGCGACGCCGCAUGCUCCGACUGCUCUCCCGCGCUGCGAGGGUUGCCUUGCACCUUCUGAGCCGAGGGAACUGGACUUGCCUUUGGGGACCUUCCAGAGCCUUCUCCGGAUCGGCCGGCUAGAUAAUCAUCGUUCUGACUGGCUGCACACGUUUCGUUUGCUCGUCUCCUCGAGGGUCGGGUCAGUAAGUUUGCUGAAAAUGGGCCCAAUAGGUGCAGAGGCUGAUGAGAACCAGACAGUGGAAGAAAUGAAAGUGGAGCAGUAUGGUCCGGGGCAAACCACUGCUAGAGGUGAGCUGGCCCCUGACCCCGAGCCGGAGCUUAUAGACAGCACCAAGCUGAUUGAGGUACAGGUUGUCCUCAUAUUGGCCUAUUGCUCCAUAAUCGUGCUCGGGGUGAUUGGCAACUCUUUGGUGAUCCAUGUGGUGAUCAAAUUCAAGAGCAUGCGCACAGUAACCAACUUUUUCAUUGCCAACCUGGCUGUGGCAGAUCUUCUGGUGAACACCCUGUGCUUGCCAUUCACUCUUACCUACACCUUGAUGGGGGAGUGGAAAAUGGGUCCUGUCCUGUGCCACCUGGUACCCUAUGCCCAGGGCCUGGCAGUACAAGUGUCCACAAUCACCUUGACAGUAAUUGCCCUGGACCGCCAUCGUUGCAUCGUCUACCACCUGGAGAGCAAGAUCUCUAAGCGAAUCAGCUUCCUGAUCAUUGGGUCAGCCUGGGGCAUCAGUGCCCUGCUCGCAAGCCCCCUGGCCAUUUUCCGGGAGUAUUCGCUGAUUGAGAUUAUUCCCGACUUUGCGAUUGUGGCCUGUACUGAGAAGUGGCCUGGUGAGGAGAAGAGCAUGUAUGGCACGGUCUACAGUCUUUCCUCAUUGUUAAUCCUGUAUGUUUUGCCUCUGGGCAUCAUAUCUUUUUCCUACACUCGUAUCUGGAGUAAACUUAAGAACCACGUCAGCCCUGGAGCUGCUAAUGAUCACUACCAUCAGCGAAGACAGAAGACCACUAAAAUGCUGGUGUGUGUGGUGGUGGUGUUUGCGGUCAGCUGGCUGCCUCUCCAUGCCUUCCAACUUGCUGUUGACAUUGAUAGCCACGUCCUGGACCUGAAGGAGUACAAACUCAUCUUCACUGUCUUCCACAUCAUCGCAAUGUGCUCCACCUUUGCCAACCCCUUCCUCUAUGGCUGGAUGAACAGCAACUACAGAAAGGCUUUCCUCUCAGCCUUCCGCUGUGAGCAGAGGUUGGAUGCCAUUCACUCUGAGGUGUCCGUGACAUUCAAGGCUAAAAAAAACCUGGAAGUCACAAAGAACAAUGGUCCCAAUGACUCUUUCACAGAGGCUACCAACGUCUAAGGAAGCUCUGCUGUGAAAAUAUGUGGGUGAAUUCUGACCAGAGCCACAAAUCUGGUUGAGGAGGGCUCCCAGAUGCAUCCUGAUUUCCCAUUUUAAGGAAGGAAAAGAGCAUCGGAAUGGAAGCACCUGUGGUGUAAUUUGUGGAAAUGUGGUUGGCAGAGCCUAGGUAAAAACACACAUAUUUAAAGCGAGGGCAACAAAACAGUUCACUUCCCGUUGCUUGGGUGGUAGGGUGAGUGAUGAGUAAAAGCAGAGAGAAAUGCUUGUGACUGUUUCUCAAAGUGAAGGAAACAUGAACAAAAAAUUGGAAUUAUCAGCAUCACUAAAAGGUGGUUGGUAAAUAAGUUGACUUUCAAAUCACGUUGGGGAAUAGAUUAAGGAGAAUUCACUGCUCCCCCCUUAAUUGAUGAACAGAUGACCAAACACCAAUUUCCCUAGGGAGACACAGGCUCUCCUUCAUUGUAUUUUGUGUGUGUGUGUUUUUUUAUGAAUUUUCCUAUGGACUAAAUCCAUCAGGGAAUGCUGCAGAUAAAUGUUACCAACUAUUAGAAUGACUUUAAGGAAAUUAAGUGAAAUUUGCUACAUAAUUUGUAUUUUGACAAGAUGGGGGAAAUCCUUAAUGCUCAGUUAGCCAAUUGUUCUUAAAACCAAAUGCAUAUUUAGUGAAAAUUUCUUUAACUCAGAAUCAAAGGUUGAAUUUCUCAGAAUUAUAGAAAUGUAAACCAUCAUUUAACUUCUCAUUUCAAGUUGUCGCUGCUUUAUGUCAAUACUAUUUA